GGAUUUCAGCUUUCCAAACCGAAUGUGAUUACCCAGUUGGAGAAGGGGGAGGAGCCAUGGAUGACACAGAAAGAAGAUCUAGGAGACCCCAGUCCAGAUUUGACAGAAGCCAGUGAUCCAGCUGCCAAGGGCAGUGAUUCCCAGGAGCAGUUAUAUCAUGGCGUUGUGAUGGAACGGUUCAUGAAGGAUGAGAUCAUUUAUUCCACACUGAAACAAGUCUCCUGUUACAAGGAUGCGUUAGACAGGCACCAGGAAACCUAUGGAAGAGACAAGAGACAAGACAUUUUGACCAGCAGGAUGAGAGGCCAAGAAACUAACAACUUUGAAGAAAAUAUCAUUGUGAGUUCAAAUGUUAUUAUUGAACAGAAGCAUCAUAAAUGUGACACAUCUAGAAAGAGGAACAAAUACAAGUUGGAUUUGAUUAACCAUCCAACAAAUUACAUAAGAACAAAGACUUACGAAUGUACUAUAUGUGAAAAAGUGUUCAAGCAGCCCAUUCACCUUACUGAACACAUGAGAAUUCAUACUGGAGAGAAGCCUUUCAGAUGUGAAGAAUGUGGAAGGGCCUUCAGUCAGAGUGCAUCCCUUAGUACCCACCAGAGAAUCCACACUGGAGAGAAGCCCUUUGAGUGUGAGGAGUGUGGCAAGGCCUUCCGACAUCGCUCAUCACUUAAUCAGCAUCACAGAACUCACACGGGGGAGAAACCCUAUGCUUGUGAUAAGUGUCAGAAGGCUUUCAGCCAGAACAUUAGCUUGAUCCAACAUUUGAGGACUCAUUCUGGAGAGAAGCCUUUUACGUGUAAUGAAUGUGGAAAAACCUUCCGACAGAUCAGACACCUGAGUGAACACGUAAGAAUUCACACUGGGGAGAAGCCCUAUGCAUGCACGGCAUGUUGUAAAACCUUCAGUCACAGAGCAUAUCUGACGCAUCAUCAGAGAAUCCAUACAGGAGAGAGACCCUACACGUGUAAGGAAUGUGGGAAAGCCUUUAGGCAGAGGAUACACCUGAGCAACCAUAAAACUGUCCACACAGGAGUGAAAGCAUAUGAGUGCAAUCGCUGUGGGAAAGCCUACAGGCACGACUCCUCCUUUAAGAAGCAUCAGAGACAUCACACAGGAGAAAAACCUUAUGAAUGUACCGAGUGUGGAAAAGCAUUCAGUUAUAAUUCAUCACUCAGUCGACACCAUGAAAUACACAAGAGGAAUGCCUUCCAAAAAAAUGUAUAAAAAUAGAGAUUUAACAUAAAACCUAAACCAAGUCUAGUUCAAAGAUUCUAUGUUGUAGAAUUUCAGGACUCAGUAAAUUUGAGGAAUUGCUAGAAAGAUGCUAACUUUCAUUUUUUUUCUACUGUGAUGUCACUGGCAUCUACUGAUGCUUCCAUACAAACUAUUUAAUCAAAUUUUGUCCUAUUUAAAUGA